UAGGGAUGCUCGAGCGCUAUGAGCACAACUUGCAGGUCGCGAUGGUGUCGCCGAAGCAGGGUAGCGCGGCGCAGGCCUUUGCGAUACAGGGUCGUCCCUCAAGCGAAGCGAUGCACUACGAGAAAUCCUCCAUGAUUAUCACAAAGGCUUCUCAAAAUCUAAUGUGGAGAAAAUGUACAAACUUUGGUUUGCCGAAUGACGAGUGCGCGAGCUUCAUAAGUACUCUGAACUUGCGCGAGACGGAAUUCGGACCGGAGUGCGCGGCGCUGGAGCGGUUCACGUGCCGCACUAACAAGAUGUCCUCCAAGUACCGCACGUUCGACGGCUCUUGUAACAACCCUGUGCGUUCCUCCUGGGGCCAAGCGCUGACAGGAUUCAAGCGGCUACUCCACCCAAGAUAUGCUGAUGGUAUCGAGGAACCCCGUAAAUCUGUGCUGCCGAAGCCGUUGCCAUCAGCGCGCGUGGUCAGCGUCCAACUAACUGACAAUGUAGACAAGCCUGACGACAAGAAGACCAUAGCUCUCGCCGCCUGGAGUCAGUUCCUCCAUCACGAUUUAGUUCAUAUCCCCGUUAGGAAGACUAUCCACACGGAUCAGCCGAUUCGUUGCUGUGACGUGUCUGGUUACAACUUGGCCCCGAGGCACGUGCAUCCCAACUGCAUGCCGAUCUCCAUUCCUAGAGACGACCCGAUCUUCAAAGAGGACAAGAAUAGGAACGCCAUCACUUGCAUGGAGUACACUCGAUCUGUCACCACAUUCAGAGGCGAUUGUACCUUCGGAGCUGCUGAACAGAUGAACCAAGCAACUCAUUUCCUAGAUGGGUCUCAUAUCUACGGGUCUAACAGUCGAGACGCAGCCGCGCUCAGAGAGAAGACUGGCGGCUUGCUGAAGACCUCCACAAUUGCUGAUGAGGAGCACCUACCUCUAGCCGCCUCCCCUACUGAUAAAUGCCUCGUCGAAAGUAAUAAGGAAGCGUGCUUUAAUGCCGGUGACAUCAGAUCCAACAUGCAUCCUUGGUUAACGGGUCUGCAUUCCCUGUGGGUGAGGGAACACAACAGGAUAGCAAGGGCAUUAGCUAAACUGAACCCUGAGUGGAACUCUGAUCGUUUGUACCAUGAGGCGAGAAGGAUUGUGGUCGCUGAGUUGCAGCAUAUCACUUACAAGCAAUGGUUGCCUGCUCUUACUGGUAAAUCGUUCGAUGAGAUGUACGACAGUUACGAUACUGGUUACAACUCAGACAUCGAUCCUACUGUAACUAAUUCCUUCGCAACGGCGGCCUUCCACUUCGUUAAUACACUCUUCGACCAGGACAUUGAGUUAGUGGACGCUAGUAACCAUGUAGUAGCAAAAAGAUUAAAGGACAAUUACUUCAAACCUGAAUUGAUUGCCGUGAAGGGAGGUCUAGAGAAACUUCUUCGAGGCAUGGUCACCCAGAGGAGUCAGAACUCUGAUCUCAAUUAUGAUGAUGAUUUACGUCACCACUGGCUGGGUGGUCUAGACGUGUUGGCGAUUGACAUCCAGCGCGGUCGGGACCACGGCCUGCCGGGCUACGUGCAGUACAGGACUCUCUGUGGUCUUCCACACGCUACUGACUUCCAGCAACUGUCCGAUGUAAUACCGCAACAGACUGUAGACAAACUAUCCAAGCUGUACGACCGCGUGGUCGACAUCGAUCUGGUGGUUGGAAUGAUGGCGGAAACACCAUUACCUGGUUCAUUGCUGGGAACUACUGCUACUUGCUUGAUAAAGGAGCAGCUAUGGCGUACUCGGUCCGGCGACCGUUACUUCUACACGCACUCUGAAGCAGGCGGAUUCAGUAAACGUCAGCUAGUGGAGCUACGGCGUUCCUCUCUAGCUGCACUGCUCUGUGACAACGCGGCGGUACAGCGCGUACAGAGAGAUGUCUUCCAAACAUCCUCGGGCAGUAACCCAAUGGUAUCGUGUGAUGAAAUAAAGAGAGUAAAUCUAGAAGCAUGGCAAGACCCUUCACAACAGCCUGAUAUCCUAACACGCACUAACAACUGGUUGAAGAACAAAGUCGCGAGCGCCGGCAACGUCACUAAGUAAUCACUUAUGUUUAAGUUAAGUUAGUACGAAUAUUUUAACUUUGCUACUGUAUUUUGUUUAGAAUGGUAGUUACAGUUAUUUAUAGCAUUUGAAAGAUUUAUUACAUAAGACUAAAGUAGCUUUUCGUUCUGAACAUUCUUUUUAAUUUUGUGUGAUUUCUUAAUGUAGCAAAAUUAAAAUAUUUGUACAAAUAGUGUUAAAUCUAUAAACAAUUACAGUAGCCCAUCAUGCAAAUGUGAACUUUAUUGCGUUGUGAUUAAAUGUUUUUUAUAUGCAUUAUAUUUUUUAUAUCCUAGUGAAGAUACUACGUAAAAUGAUGUGUGUGGAUGUUUGAAUUUGCAUUAUGGACUACAUUUGUGUGAUUUAUUUGUAAUCGUUUUGUAGUUUUUAAAUUCUGCAUAGAGUUGGGAUGCACAUUUAUGACUAAUCGAAUUAAGCCAUAUGAUAUCGAUUUAUAUUUCUCGAAAUUAUAAUUAUUGGUUAUUAUGAUUAAAACUCAAUAAGUUAAAAUAUCUCUGUUUUUUUUUUUUCAAUUUUCUCGAUGAACUAUAUGUUCUUACUUGAGAAAGCAAUUUGUAAGCUUAUACGUUAUAAAUGAUUUUUAAAUUGGUGCAUCUUUAGGUUAAAUAGUGUUUGUAUUUGUGUAGACGCCAUAUUGUAAAGUGGCUGUGAUAAAAGCGAAUUUGCUUCUCACGUCAUAUUUUCUUAUAUUAAAAAGGUUCAAAUGAUUCAUUUGUUAAAAGAUCACGGAACCGAAUUUCUGUAUGAUUUUUAUAUGAGAUAUUAUUAAUUUUUGUAUUUCUGUAAUCUAUUUGGCAAUGGGGAUGGAAUUGGUAAGGUUUAAAGAAAUUUCGUAAUGCUAAGAUUUAUCUUAGAUCAAAUGUGAAUGUGAUAGAAAACUUUAUUAAAAUAAUGAAAUUGAUUUUCAAAAUUUAUAAUGUGUUGUGUACUUAUUGUGUUAUGUUCUUGAUUAUUUCAAUAUUUUUGAAAGUAGUUACUUAAAUUUAGUGAAAGUAGGCUAAAUAUAGGCAUUGAGACACCUUGUUUUACUUGAUUUCAUACGAGUUCUGACAGCUAUGGAAUAUACCAAACCACGAAAUUUUAUUCUCGAAGUUUAAGACCAAAAAUGGGAUUUUUCAAAACUGAUAGGGAAAUUUUUUAAAGCUGUCAACACUUUUAUAAAAUGUACUGUAAGAGUAAAACAUGCCUGAUAGAAUUGUUUACCCAAAAUUAUAAUAUUUUAGUUCUAAAUAUAUCGUUAACUUCAGAAAGUGUCGAAUUUACCUGUAGGUCUGAUAGUUUAAGGAUUUGGCAUAUAGAAGAACAAGGGUGACGCUGAAUGACGAAAACUUUUACAGUAAUAAGUGAAAUUAUUAACACGAACCUAUUACGUGUCCACGAAAACAUAAGACUUGAUACUAUGACGUCAUAGAGAUAGAUGUUAUUCGUUUGAAAGUCCAACAUAACUAAUCUCAAACACGGAAGAAUACUGGAAUGACAUUUAAAUAACAGCGUUUUAAAUGAACAUGUCACGCUAUUGUGCCACAUUCUCCUCCAGUCUUAUGUUAUUGUGCACGCGUAGUAUUUCUCUUCAGUUGUCUUAGCGGCUCCUUAUUGAUAGUUUUCUGGAUCGUUGCCAAAAAUACCAAAGACUGGGUUUGCAACUGGAAGCAGCAUUUACUUUGUAACCAACU